UCGGCAGGAGACACUUCUCUAAAACGAAUACAUUUUCCAAAAUUACAUAACAUUACAGGUGUAAAGAAAUAAGCUAUCCCAAUAAUCUGCCUCCAGCUUCAGUGAUCAUUUGUUUCCACAACGAAGCCUGGUCAACGCUUCUGAGGACCAUAUACUCGGUGCUCAACCGAUCACCCUAUGAAUUACUCAAUGAAAUUAUUUUGAUUGACGACUUUUCUACCAUGCCGCAUCUAAAAGCACGUCUGCAAUCGUACGUGCACGAGCUCCCUAAGGUGAAAUUGAUACGGACCGAGCGCCGCGAGGGAUUGAUCAGAGCUCGGAUGAUAGGAGUGAAACACGCUGUCAGUGAGGUUGUGGUGUUUCUGGAUAGCCACUGUGAGUGCGCUGAAGGAUGGCUAGAACCUUUAUUAGACCGCGUCCACUCGGACCCCAAAAUCGUCGUCAGUCCCCUAGUCGAUGUUAUCCUCGAUACCACCUUCGAGUACAUAGCGCAAGACAUUUUCGACCUCAGAGUCGGAGGCUUCACUUGGGAUCUCAAAUUUAUCUGGAUUGGAAUACCAGACUCCAUAGAAGAACAGAGAACAGGAAUGGUGUCUGCUGUGAAAACGCCAACGAUAUCGGGUGGACUGUUCGCGAUAAAUAAGAAGUAUUUUGAGAAGAUUGGGUAUUAUGAUGAAGGAAUGAAGAUCUGGGGAGGAGACAAUUUGGAACUGUCGUUCAAAGUGUGGAUGUGCGGAGGGAGUCUGGAAAUGGUGCCGUGCUCACACGUCGGACAUAUUUUUAGAAAGAGGUUCCCGUAUGAAGGAAAAAGCUAUAUCAAGAGGAACUUAGUGAGAGUUGCAGAGGUGUGGAUGGACGACUACGCCAAAUAUUACUACGAGAGAAUCAACUUCAAGAAGGGAGAUUUUGGCAACGUGACAGAAAGGAAGGAAUUAAGAAAACAACUGAACUGCAAGUCCUUUGAUUGGUAUUUGAAACACGUUUAUCCUGACAUUGAAGUUCCUGAUGACUUAGCGGCCAGUGGGAAAGUAUGUUAGAAAUAUAAAGAUAAUAAAUUUGAAAUAUACGACAAAUUCUUUUAAAACUUAUUUAAGUACUUUACUCAUUCUUCUUUAUUAGGCGCACUUGCCACUAUUAACUUCACAAUGUACAUGGCUCUGUGGAGCUAUAGUUUAAUAAGUUUCGAAAUCGGAAUGGAACGCGGUCAUUUGCCAUGGUUCAUCACAGUUCAUUGUUUCGUUGUCAUAUAC